AUGAAGCUGGAAAGCACACCAGGAGACAUGAGCGGGUGGAGGGAGGUGGACUUUGUCCUCAACUGCACCUACAUUGUGCCAGACCAGGUGUCGGACCCCAGUUUCAGCCUGCCCAAAGCCAUGACCUCCAUCCCACGCAACCUUACCUUUGAAUACAGCACAGACAAUGAGGUAAUGGGCGUUUUCAGCAAAGAAUACAUUCCUCAGGGGACUCGCUUUGGCCCUUUGCAAGGAGUCAUCUACACCAAAGACAGCGUUCCCAAACAGGCGAACAGAAAAUACUUUUGGAGGAUUUACAGCAGUGGUGAGCUUCAAAACUUCAUUGAUGGCUAUGACGUCCACAGGAGCAACUGGAUGCGUUACGUCAACCCGGCACGCUCUCUGGCCGAACAGAACCUGGUGGCGUGCCAGAACGGCCGGGACAUCUACUUCUACACCAUCCGACCAGUGGAGCCCAAUCAGGAGCUGCUGGUGUGGUACAGCCAGGAGUUUGCCCAGAGGCUCUGCGGCCAGCACGAUGACAUCAAAAAAAAAUACAUGAGUUCUGAUGAAGACCAUGAGUCGGAGUACAUCAAACAGCAGAAGACAUGGCUCACAGAAAGAACAAAGGGAGAGGUGAAAGAAGAGAUGAAUGAUGAAGAUGGAGAGGAGAAGAUCGACGUGGAGAUUUUGGAAAGAGACACUCCACCCGACACGCCUGACGACCAGAUCAUGGACUUCAGCAAAAAGGUUGAGAAGGAGGAGAGCGACAGACAUCCAGAAGACCAGGGGAUCAUUCCUUCCCCUGAGCCCGAGUACAGAGAGCCUAUCCUGGGCUUAAAUCGCCCAUUCUUACCAGAUCCCCAUCCUGUGCUGCCAUCUCAGCACCGAAAUCUCCCUCUUCACCUCCACGGCCUCUACAGGGAAGGCGUUUCAUCUUACCCCCUUUACCCCCAAUCAAGACCCCUCCAGCCCAAUUACCAGAUCAUUCCUCCAUACAGCCCUCACUAUCCUCGUCUCCUCCUCCCCUCAUACUCCCCUCCCUUUUCUGGGAUGCUGCCCUCAAGAGAAUCCCUCCGAUACAGCAGCUAUCCGGGCACAGACAGACUCCCGUAUCCGCCCAUCGGCCCGCCUAAUCUGCUGCCAGUGUCCCUGCCCUACCCUCCAUCAUCACAGGGAGGUCUGAAAGAACUCAAACCAAAUGUGUCGCCACCACGGGGGGCACCAGCCACUCCAGAGCUGUCCCCUCUCCCCAAGCUCGACAGUCAGCAUCAGUGCACUGAGCAGUCUCCCUCUGGUUGCGAGGAAGCCAUGAAUCUAAGCCUGGCACCGAUCAAAAGCGAAGCAGCGACACACAACAGCCAUGGCCACAAAUCGCUGCCCUACCCGCUGCAGAAGCAGAAUGGAAAGAUCAAGUAUGAAUGUAAUAUCUGCUCGAAGACUUUCGGACAGCUGUCGAACCUCAAGGUCCAUCUCCGAGUGCACAGUGGCGAGAGACCCUUCCAGUGUAACUUAUGUAAAAAGAGCUUCACUCAGCUGGCCCACCUCCAGAAACAUCACCUGGUCCACACGGGCGAGAAGCCACAUGAAUGUCAGGUGUGUCACAAACGCUUCAGCAGCACCAGCAACUUGAAAACACACCUGCGCCUCCACUCCGGGGAAAAGCCCUACCAGUGCAAGCUGUGCAACACCAAGUUCACGCAGUACAUCCACCUCAAACUGCACCGCCGUCUCCACAGCAGCCGCGACCGGCCCUACCGCUGCCAGCUCUGCUCCCAGGCCUUCUUCCACCACUUCUCCCUCCGCAUCCACCAGUGCAGCUGCUGCCUGGCGAACUCCAACGCACCCGUCAACGUACACAUGAAGCAGAUGGUGGAACGGUUUGACGCCAGCCAAGAGGCGGACAUGCUCACAGAGGCGGCGUCGGCACUGCAGGUGGAGGAAGCGGUGGAGCACUGGUUGGCUCGUACCUUGGAAGGCGAGGGGAAGGAGGACCAGAAGGAGGCCACGGUACUACUGAAAGCGCUGACGGCGGCAAUUAAUGCAACAGCCUUACCCACGGCCCAAUCACCCAUAGCUACGUCACACCACAGCCCUCCACUGGCCUAUCAGGAGAGGGCCAGCGUUGUUCAUCUCCACCAAUGGCCAACAGUGAAGACAGAAGGACAGUGAGAAGGAAGUGAAAGAGGGGGAAAUUUAAAAAAGGACAUACAGCACACCAUCAACCAAGAAAACAGAUGUCACCAAAUAAAACUCUCUUUAUCGUCCAUGAAGGGCAUUAAAGGGAAUAUGAACUUACAUAAUCCAAUGAGCGCAGCACCAAAAGAAGAGCAUUCCAAAGACUGGGCGAGGUUAUUCAGUGAUUGUACUUCCUCCCAAAACUCAGUUUAAAAAAAGAAAAUGGAGGAGGACGUUGUUAAACUGUGAAAUAUUUAAAACCUUUUUCACUCAGGUAGAGAAGUGUUUGCUUUUUUUGUGCUUUAACUUAUUACCUUUUUGACAUUUGAGUCAUCUAUAUUUAUUUAGUUGUAACAUAGUUUGUUUUUUUCUGUUAGUUUUUUUUUGUGUGUUGACAUUUUCUUUUCAGGAAACCACAAAUGGACUCAGGAACAAUGAUGUGGCUCAAACCUGUGAAUGAGUCUUCACUUGUAUUGUGCAUUGUUUCACUGUGUGUGACAGCGUGCUUGAGCUUAUGGGUGCAUGUGUAUGGAAGUAUAUGUGAGCGACAGGGCACAGUGAUGACGCAAACCACCUUCCUGCUCUUCAACUGUUUGCAACUAUUUUAUUUAUUUAUGAUAAAAAAAAGGGAAAAUCAGGUUUCUUGAAACUGUGUGUGAAUAAGCAAUUGCCAAAAUUACAAUCAAUGAACAUGAAUGUGUAGCACUGGACUUUUGGAUCAUUAUUCAAUUCAUUCAUAUCCUAUUCACCUCUUGAUUAUUCAGCAAGUUCUCACAGCUAAUAGAUAUCAAAGUAUCAAAGACACACUGUGCUGAACAAAGCCAGCAAAAGAAACAAAAAUACAGAUUCAGUGUGAUAACAUUAUCACAAUGAAAUAUGUAUACGAGAUCGUCUGAACAGUAGCUUUUACUCAUCGCAACGUUUUUAUGUCAAGACGAUGCUGAGAAACAAAAGGUAGAUUUUUACUGGAUUCAAAUGUUUCCGAUGUUUCUUACCUUCAAAGAUUUACUGUAAAUGUUUUGGACAACAAAAACGAGCAACGAAGAAGCACAAUUUUCUUAAACUGUUUAUAUUUGUGUCACUUAGCUCUGGAAUAAAACAAGAUCUGUGAGCUUUUGGUUGUUACCCAAAAUGAGCUGGCAGGUACUGAUCUUGUGAAUACCGUCCUUCUUUUAUCAGUUUUGUAGUGUUUCUUCUUUUGUACAAUAUGUUUGUCUAUGUAGUUUAUUUUUGGAAACAAGUUAUGAGAUGUUAAGAAUUUAUAUGUGAGAGACUAUUUUGAUGAUACUUUUAUAUUUACGUGAUGUAGCAUAUUAAAGAUAUUGUUUCUAUA